AUGAACUCUGAAUGGGGUCAGGAUACUUUGCUCAGUCCUUCUGCUCUGGAACGCCAAGUAUCAUCUUGCUCAACCAGCGGAUAUUCCAUGACUUAUACGUCAACCUCCACUGUCUCUUCAACAUCCUCGGCCUCGACCACUGUUGUCGCCAGUCACUGCAACACAACUGACCCUGAUCAAACUGUCUAUAAGGUUGAGUCCGGGGAUACCUGUGUUGCAAUCUCAGCAGCUCAAAAUGUCUCCACCCCGGUCUUGAUCAACCUGAACAGUCUUGAUAUGGGAUGCACCCACAUAGUAGUUGGGUCGGAAAUCUGUCUUCCCGACGUCUGUGAAGUCUAUCGUGUUCAGAAUACGGAUACCAUCGACAGCAUUUUUGCUAGGCUCUCUCGUCAAGUCUCCGUGCCUCAAUUCGUUGCAUGGAAUACUAAUCUUAACUCAGUGCAAAUCUCUAAGAAUCUGAUUUCCAUUGCUGGGAAGUAUAUCUGCGUCAGCCCUCCAGGUACUCUGACACUUCCCGAUACCCUGGCUCUAAGGCCCGCGUCCACUGCUGUCUCCAGCAAAGACUGUGGCCACUGCAUCUCGAUGAACGAUUUCGAUUUCUUGAAUCUCCAGGCGGCACUAAAUACGACUUCCACUUGUGGGAAUUUGUGGAAAGGAAACAGCUAUUGCGUACAAGCAGUGGGUAACAUCAACACCUACACAGGCUACACGUCCAACUCCAGCCAAAUUCGCACCACUCUUGCCAGCACCAUCAAUCCCAAUUUUACCCGUACAGCUAAUCAUAGCACCACACACUUAUCCUGGUCAUUCCCCGCGGAUCUGACCACAACCUCGACCUGGACCCCCGACUCCGCAUUACUCGCAUCCCUUGCUUCCUACACGCUCUGCGACCAGGUCAACACGGUCUACAAUAUCACCGAUGGUGAACUAUCAAACGAGAUGUCCAACGAUGAACAAUGGCUGAGUUUAUACGAUCGCGUUUGCGGCCUACUUCUCAACGGCACUUGGCCGACUCGUGGCUUCAACUUCAGCAUCACGCUAACCGAUGACUCCAGCGUGGGAAGCUCAACGAUGUUUAUCUCUCACACAGCUAGCCCUCACGCCUCUUCUCAGAUCAUUACUGCGACUGCGAGUUCUACUUCCUCGGCUGCAAGCUCGACGAGUACUAUCUCGCCGAAUGGUCUCUUGGCUCGUCUAAUAAGGAUUGGACUUGUUUGGGGUCUGAGUUUAGUGAUUGUUGUAGUCACUAUGGCUAUUGUGGGAGCUCGACGGAGCAUUGUUCUAGCACCAACUGCAAUACUAAGUAUGGCUCGUUCCCAAGGUGGCUCCGCAGAAGCUUGGAUGAUGGGAUAG